AUGGAGGAAGAGAAUGAGGAGAUUGAGGUCGUUCAACACGCCGUCGACAACAGAGAAUCUAGAGAUGCAACCUCGAAUUUAAAGAUUGAAGCCUGGCUGUCGCCAUUGAGCGAUCAUUUUCCCACCCCACGAGGAUUCCAUUUCCUUUCCGCCCCAAUCUUACCGUCAUCGCCGUCCACUACUUCAAACGACGAGGGAAGUUCUCCCUCCACAUCAUCGAACCCUUGGAACAACAACCGAGCAAGCGUAAUGACGGACGUGACCGAGUUUGACGAUCUUUAUGACAUCAGCGAUGAAGACGUGCAACCUGCGUUUCGACGUGUGCCUUCACGCAAAUCGUCCGUCAGAAGACGAAACUCAGCUCGCAAUGAGCCAGCUAAGCAGACAGCAGCUGGCGCUCGCAGGGCCUUGCCACCUCUGGUCAUCCCAGCCGGCCGAAAUACAUCUUCGGAGGAUUGGUCUGCCGGCCUCAAGAAGUCACUUGCAUCGCCAGUGCCGCCAACACCGCCGACUCGGGUUGAAAUGUCCCCUCAGGUUUUAUCAUUUAUGCAGGCUCGGCAGGCCCAGGAUGUUCCUACCAUCUCUGCUCCACCUUCACUGGAUGGAAGUAUGAGCUCCGAGCAAUUAGCACAAAUUUCGGCGCCGCCAACUCCAGUGAUUGGCAGUGAAAGCGGUGGCAAGGACGAAGAGGAUUGGUCUGGUGUUCGGCUUCAACCUGGGGCUCUGGCAACUCUAGACGCCCUCUCCGGAGACCACGAGAGCUUGCAUGAGCACGAACAUGAACCCGCUGAACAGGUAAUCGAGAUUCCCCAAGAGCCGUUAUCUGAGAUGCGCCAACAACCACUGCGAAUCAUUACGAAUAUCCGGCCUCGACCAGCGCGGGUGGCUGAACUUACCCCCAAUACCCACCGUCGGUCUCUGGCCGACCUCACCAAGCUCGACAUACCAUCACCUGGUGGAUUUUUCUCGGGCCUUUCUCCAAGGACGAGGACUACGUGGCACAUCCCUUCGAGAUCUCCUGAAGAUCUGGUACCCCCCACGUCUACUACGGCAGAGCAGUUUUACCGCUGCCCUUGGAACAUGGACGCCUCUGUUCCUCCAGUACCAAUUGCGCCAGUCAGAUUUAUUGCUGAUGACGCCAAUGACUCUGCCGAGCAGUUCUACCGCAACUCUCUUCCUUCUCAACCCAUGAUAGUUGAGCAGGUUGUCGAGAUCAAGAAUGAGGAACUAGAUGAGGAUGAUAUGCCAACCGCUAGACCAGUUAUACCUACGGUUGCCUCGACCUCCUCGGUCACAUUGGCUGAACCAACCUCUCCUGAGGCUGAGGAUGCGCCGACGGAGAUCGUCACUGUCUAUGAUCCAGAGUAUGCUCGCAAACAACAGGAAGUCGCUCUUUCUAACCUCGAUCGCACUGAGAUGUGGCUACUGGCCCAGCGCGCCUAUCUCAAGCCGGUUGAAGCCGAAGAUACUGGAGAUGGCGAUGGCAACAACCUCGAUCCUAUUCCUGAGGUCAUGAAUGAAGACGCUGAUAACUUGCCAGAGCCAGAGAUCGCACUGGCACUACCAAAGAAGAAGACUGUCCGCUUCUCCGAGUUCGUAGCCAAGACUAACAUUCCGUGCCGUCUGCCUUCCAAGCUACUCAGACAGGAAUCGGCAUAUUACCGUGCCUUCCAGGACUAUGUCAUUCGAUCUACCAAGCAAGACGUCUUCGUCCAUAGCCUCCCCCGAUUCGAAGCUCUGCAAGCUCAGCGUGUAUGCCUCCGCGAGUUUCAUCGUAAUCAGCUCCUGGGGAAAUAUCAGUUGAGCGUCGUGCCUCAGUCUGCCAAGAAGCGUCUCAGCGCCAAUGUAGCCCGUGGCGAUGACAUUCUUAUCGACGACCCGGAAAAACUGAAACGCGAGAAGGAAAAUGAGGCCAUGUCCCAGAUGGCAAUUUCAACAUGGCAUGUCGCUGCCAUCAGAAUGCUUAAUGGCGGCAAGCUCAUCUCUGCCCCCGUCUCUAAGCGUCUCGCGCGCAUCUCCCGCAUGGCCCCUGUUCGUGACGGCGUCGCGAGAGACAGGGCUCGUAUUCUCGAUCUUGGAGGCCAGUCAGCCUGCGAUUGGGCGUGGCAUUGCGCGCUACAGUAUCCGAAUACCAAGGUGUAUACCGUCACAACCAAGGCCAUCCGCCAACUGUCGAAUUCUAAUAUUCGGGGUCCGCCCAACCAUCGCCAAGUCGCCGUUGAGAGACUCACUCGUCUUCCUUUCAAAGAUGACCAGUUUGAUCUCAUAUCGGCACGUGAGCUGCACAGUAUUCUUAAGUUUGUUGGCGAGAACGGCGAAGACGAAUGGGAGACUUGCCUUAAGGAGUGUCUGCGUGUGCUCAAGCCAGGCGGCUACCUCGAAUUUUCCAUCCUUGACUCGGACAUAAUGAACGCCGGCCCUUUAGGCCUGGCAAAGAGUGUCGAGUUCGGGUUUGACCUCAAGACACUGGGUUACGACCCUAACCCGACGAAGAUGUUUCUGGGCCGUCUCUCUCGCGCAGGUUUUGAUGAGGUCCGGCGUGCUUGGAUAUGCCUACCCAUGGGGGCGCGCCACCCUUCCCAGCAGCAUGGAAAGCCUUUGCCCUCACUUCCUGUCCGGGCCAGUCCGGCCGGCGAAGAGGUUCGUACAGUAACCAUGGAAGCAAUGGUUACAGGGAGUACGGACGGCAUCGCCAAUGUGACGGGCAUCGUCGGCGGCUGGAGCUGGGAACGCUGGCUGUUGCGGUGUGAAAUGGAGAAAGUCAGCGGCGAGUUGCGACUCGCUGACACGGUGACGGACGGUGCGACUAUGAGAGAGGCCGGAAAGAGCGUCGAGGGCGUCGCGGCCAUCGUCGAGGAGGGGAGGAGCUGCGGUGCGGGGUGGCGCCUGCUGAGCGGAUACGCGAGGAAGCCCAAGAUCGGCACUGGACUUAUCUCCGUCGGCAUUGCGGCUUGA